AAAAUGUUCUUCAUAUUUUGGCCAUUUAUAGCGAGCCCUUCUUGGAGGGAUCUCCCAGCUUGCAGACUCUGCUAAGCCUUUGCAGAGGUGCUUUUGUGGUAAACAAAGUAACUCGAGCAAAACUGGAAAUCCAGUGGCCAGUGCUAAUAAAUCCUGAACUGUGUCCACUUAGGUGGAUUGUGGCAGCCUCAGGACAUCUCAGGGGCAUCGGGCAGAAUUUGAAGGGAACUGUAGUACAGUUUACAUGCAAAGGUUUAAAAUUAUGCAAAAAGGGAUUUAUUAUCUACACUCUGCUUGUUUAUAGAGCUGGGAGCCCCUGGGGCAAGGGAAGGAUCCUCUGGGUGAAGAGGAAAGUGCUGCUGCCUCGGGCUGUGGUGGGAGCAGGAGCUGAGUCCUGGGGCUGCACCAGGCGGUUCCUGCUCCUUCGUGGGGGGAAAAUGGCACUUUUUAGCAAAAGGGUGAAGAGGAAAUGCUCUUAAUGCAGAAAGGCUCAGCAGUCACGAGUCACAGGUCUGCAGGUUCCUCCCGAGGGGCAGCAGAGGGGCAGCUCUGAUCUCUGCUCUCUGGGGCAGUGACAGGACCCGGGGGAACGGCUGGAGCUGUGGCAGGGUGGGAUGGAUAUCAGGAAAAUGGGAUUUUCCCCCCGAGGGUGCUCAGGCACUGACCAGGGAAUGGUCACAACCCUGACCCUGCCACAGCUCAAGGGCUGUUUGCACAACGCUGUCAGGCACAGGGUGGGAUUGUUGGAGUCUCGCUAAUCCCUGUGGGUCCCGUCCAGCUCAGGAUAUUCCACGAUUCUGUGGCUCUGUGGCUCCCGGUUCUGCGGGAUGGGAGCCGCUCCAGGGCAGCGCUUGGCACCUGCCGCGCACCGACCCCCGGCAGUGCCGGCAGCGGGUGCCCGGUGCCCGCGGUGCCCCCGGGCGAGGCGGGGCCGGGGGCGGGCCGGGGCCGCCCCUGCUCCGGGCAGCCUUGAAAUAGAGCAGGGACGGGUUCCAAGCCCGCAGCGCCCCGCUCCCGGCACCAUGGGUGGCAAGAAGGUUUGCAUCGUGGGCUCUGGCAACUGGGGCUCGGCCAUCGCCAAGAUCGUCGGCAGCAACGCGGCUCGGCUGGGCGGCUUCGAGAGCCGGGUGAACAUGUGGGUGCUGGAGGAGGAGGUGGGCGGCCGGCGCCUCACGGACAUCAUCAACACGGAGCACGAGAACGUCAAAUACCUGCCGGGGCACAAGCUGCCCCCCAACGUGGUGGCAGAGCCAGACCUGCUCAGAGCCUGUGCAGGGGCUGAUGUGCUCCUGUUCGUGGUGCCCCACCAGUUCAUUGGCAAAGUGUGUGACCAGCUCCAGGGCCACGUGAAGAAAGACGCCGUGGGGAUGUCACUCAUCAAGGGCGUGGAUGAAGGACCAGAUGGGCUGAGGCUGAUCUCAGACAUCAUCCAUGAGAAACUGGGAAUAGAAAUGAACGUGCUGAUGGGGGCCAAUAUUGCCAAGGAAGUGGCAGAAGAGAAGUUCUGUGAAACCACCAUCGGCUGCAAGAACAUGAAGCACGGGCAGAUGCUGAAGGACCUGAUGCAGACCCCCAACUUCCGAGUGUCGGUGGUGCAGGAGGCUGACACGGUGGAGAUCUGUGGGGCUCUCAAGAACGUGGUGGCUGUAGGAGCUGGCUUCUGUGAUGGGCUGGGCUACGGGGACAACACGAAGGCUGCCGUGAUCCGCCUGGGCCUGAUGGAGAUGAUUGGCUUUGCCAAACUCUUCUGCAAGGGCCCUGUCACCUCCUCCACCUUCCUGGAGAGCUGCGGCGUUGCCGACCUCAUCACCACCUGCUACGGGGGCCGCAACCGCAAGGUCGCCGAGGCUUUUGCCAAGACUGGGAAGUCCAUUGAGCAGCUGGAGAAGGAGAUGCUGAAUGGGCAGAAGCUGCAGGGUCCCCAGACAUCUGCUGAGCUGCAUCGAAUCCUCAAGAGCAAGAACGCAGUGGAGAAGUUCCCCCUCUUCACCGCCGUGUAUCGGAUCUGCUACGAGGGCAAACCUGUCACUGACUUCAUCACGUGUCUCCAGAACCACCCUGAGCACAUGUGAGGGGCUCUGCCUGCAGAGCACAGGCCCUGCUGAGAUGUGCUGAGAGCUCCUGCCCUCACCAGCCUGAUCUGCUGCCACAGCCCUGGGAGGAGUCCGGGUCUCCUGGGAGUCUCUGCACAUUGCUGCAAGAGCAGAGGCUCCCUGACCCUGCCCUGGACACUGAGCCUGGCACAGGAGGUACCUGCUGACCUCUUUCUCUCUGUGAAGGACUCAUUUAAUUGCUGCUGCUGUCUAAGGUCUGCCCUGAGCAGCGCUGAGCAUCUUCUUCCUUCCACUUCCUCACAGUGGAUUCAGCUGUGGGAAGGAUUCUUCCAGGUGGAUAAGGGCUGGGCACUGCCCAGGAGGGAAAACAGUGUCCCAAGUCCUCCCUCUUAGCCCCAUGAGCCCGCUCUGGGUGACACCAGCUCUUCCCAACCUGCUGCUGCUUUUGCAUUCCCUGUCUGGUGGCGAGGGCACAGUGCCCUGCCAGGCUCCACCAGGUGAGUGGAGCUCUCAGGACUUCCAAGGGCACUGAUGAUCUUUCUAAGCAGCACCAGCACAGACAGUGGCAUUCCUUCCUACCUGGCCAUGUGCUGCUUUCCCCCAGCUGUUCCUGCUGACCCAGGGACACUCUGGAGCUUGUUUAUAGAGAGCUUUUGCUCUAUCAGAUCUGGCCCCAGCCCUGGGGAGCUCCUCUGUCGUCACAAUUUGCCUGUGCUAAUUCCGUGCCCUCUGACCUCUCUCUCUGUCCCAUUUUGUCCUCUGGGGCUUGGCACUGCAGGGACCAACUGCCCCCCAGUGUGUGUGAGCAGCUGCUGUGAGCCCUGCCUUGUACCUGCACCGCAGGUGGGUCACCCCAAAGGCACCUGAGUCACGUUGCUGUUAGGUAAAUGCUCCACAGACACACUCUGCCUUCCUCUGGCUCGCUUCAGCCUGUGCUUUAGAGCGCUCUGUGCUUCCAUGUGGGGCUGUCCAGGAGCUGAGGAAGGAGAUCUCACACUUUCCCUCGUGUGGGGAUGCUACAAGCUGCCCACUGGCACAGGAAUAGGCAUAUGAUCCACAGUGGGUACAUGGAGAUGUCCAACAUCCCAGGACAGGACAGAGGUCUUGGGCCUCCCACUCAGCCUUUGAAAUCUGCCCCUUGUUCAUCUGUCCCUCUGCUCCCUGAAGCUGGUGGUGUUUGCUCAGGCCAGUCAGGAUCAAUCACUGAUCCUGUCUGGGCUGGAAGGCUGGAAUGCUGCAGGGCUCCCUGUUCCCCCCAUUCAAGUCCCAGAGCCAAAGGGUCUCUGACCAGCAGUGUACCUUUAAAAUACCAAUAAACAUGGAGAGGAGAGAGAUGUUCUCCUCGUUCUGCGGCUUCAGUGCGUCGCUGUCGCUGGGUUGGUGCCUGCUGGACUUGCUGAGUGCUCAGAACAGGGCACUGCCCGUUCCCUCCUGGCUCUGCACCCUCCUGUGCUGUCCCAGAAACAGCAAGAAUGUCCCCGUAGGUCCCUGUUCAGCCACAACGUCACACAGUGUCCCACUUGCUUUGUCUCAGCAACGGUUCCAGGAUUAAAAUUUGGCCGUCGGACAAUGGUGGGUUGGGAUUGCAACACUGAGCCGGGUCCAGAGUCCUCACCUGGGCCUGUAGGAGCCGGGCCAGGACCCCACUGUGCCCCAAACACCCCAGGCCUCUCCUCCUCUGAUGUUUGAGGCUUCCCAGGACACGCUGUGGGAUUUUAUUCAUCUCUUCCCAGCUGCUUUUCCCAGCCUCAUCUUGUCCCUGGGUGUUUUUAAAGGAGCCCCGUACUGAGUGACCUUUCCAGGGCUCUGAACCCUCUGCUCGGUGUCUUACAAGGGGAAUUUAAUCUGCUGGCACCGCACUUGUUUCUGUGCCUUUUAUUAGCCACGUUUUCUCAGCAGGCACUCUGCGACCUUUAAAUUCAGCAGGACUGUCGUGUGGGGAGAGCCGGCACGGCUUCCUCUGCUGAGGAGCUUUAUUGAGCUUGGAGGGAGGAUAAAGGAAGUCCAGCGUGUUCCUGCAGGGCUGGCACGACUUGUAGUUCUCUUUGUCUUCAAGGGCUUCAGGAAUCCAAGUGUUUGGAUAUGAGGCUCAUGCAGGAGAGAGGGUCCCUGAGCUCCUCUGCCUUGCACAAACUCCUGCCAGCACCUGCCUGGAGCUGCAGCAGAAUCCAGCAGGGAUUUGUGUUUAGCUGGGAGCUCCUCUGUGCUGGAAAUGCUUUGUGCAUCCCCCUUGUCCAGGUUUCUUUGGCCCUGAGUCCCUGCAGACCCUUGCUGGGAGUCCCAGGUCUCACAUGGGAAGACCGGCAGUGAUCUCUUGCUUUUAAACACACCACACUGGGGCUGGAUAUCCCGAGCUAUAAAAAGUCUUCCCUUUGCCAUUUGGAAUUAUGUUCUGCAGGCUCAGCACAUCCCAGCGCCGCAGCCCUGGGAGCUGCUGCUGGGGGAAAGGAGGAUGAGGAGGGGAGAAAGAGGGAUCCUGGCCCCUUCAGAGGGAGCCCUGGAUGGAGCAGGGCUGGGACAGCAGGGCUGAAAUGCUGGAAAGGAGCCCCGGGAGGGGAGCAGCUGCCACAGGGGAUGGCCUGUGGGGAAGGAGGCUCUGGGCUGGGGCACACUGGGACCCUGGGCAGACACCAGGGCCCAUGGAAUGGCACUGGGACCCUCAGGAUGGCACCAGGGCCCGUGGAAUGGCACUGGGACCCUCAGGAUGGCACCAGAGCCCUUCUAAAGCCACCGUGACCAUCGGGAUGGCACCGCGCCUCCGAGCCCCAGGGCUGCAGCAGGGCCCGGAGGGCUUCGGCUCCAUGCAUGCA